AUGAUCAUCUGCGACUGCGGUGUGGAAGUGGACGGUCCAUUGCUAUACGGGAUGAAGGAAGGCAUUACGGUGUCGGAAGUGGAAUCAGUCGAAAGAGCUUACAUAUCCGAGGAUGAUGAAGAAAGCUUGAGUAUUUAUCAGCAUCUAGCCGUAUCUCAAAGAUACCACUCUCGUGAGCUAAAAAUGCAUAAUAUCAUCACUAUUAAACAUACCAUUAUCACAAAUGAAACAUCUUUGAAUGACAUAUGUGAAGCGAUUGAAAAUGUCAGUAUUUUGAUCAGUGCUUGUAAGACUGAAAUUGGUCAACAAUUAGUCAUGAAUAUGUCACAGAGCUCAGGCAUACCCACGGUUCAUCUCCUUCGAAGCGACUGGAAUGCGCUACUUGAGAAUAACACCGACAAGACUCCCCAAAAUCAGAUCUUCUUAAUACCUACGGUUACUGUAUUCGACAACGUCAUUCUCGAUGUUCUGCCAAGCCUUAACUUAUCAAGAAACGUGAGCGUAUUGUUUGAUCUUACUUAUGGAAAUCUGGAAAACUUACGGAAAGUCUUUGGCAUGCUGCCCAUCUGCGCAAACUUUUUUCAGCUACAGACCACUUCAAACAAGCUUCAGGAGCAGCUAAAAUAUGUCGCUGGCAUUGGACGAGUUAUUAUUAUCGCUAAGACGGCCAACGCUGUGAUGGUAGCGAAAGAGGUUCGCACUUCAAUUGGAAUUUGCUACGCUCUCAGAAUUGGUCUGUUGCAAAAAAAUAACGACUGGACGCUGCCUUUUUUCUCAAGUUUCUAA